CUCCAUCCAAAUCAUGGAACAACUAGAAAAAAAAAUGAUAUUAAUUUCUGUCGAAGGAACAAAAGAAGCGGAAUUGAUUUAUUUAUUAUUAAUAGAAUAUUAAAAACAACGGAUCACGGAAACUAGCCAAACUAAAUCCUUUUCAAAAAAAAAAUCAUUAUCAUCAUCUUCAUUAUUAUUUGGAAUCACUUCAAAUAAAUCACAAAGGAGCAAAAACUAAGGCAAGACAACAAAUAAAAGAAAUAAGAAAUUUUUUUUAAAAAUAUUUCCAGUUUUAAAUUUUCGUCAUUAAAAAAAUAAAUAAUUUUUGGAAGAAAAAAAAACGAAAAUUUUAUUUAAUAAAAAAAAACAUUAUAAAACCAAUUUAUAAAAUUUCAGUUAAAAAAAAAUUUUCAUUUCUCUUAAAAUUAUUAAUUAAUUAAUAUAACUAUUCCUGUGCUCUAUUAGGAAAACAAGGAGAAGUAAAAAAAAAGAAUUUAUAGAACCUCUGAAUGCCAACCUCUAUAGCAGAGCUGAUAUCGGAGAAAGGCAGAGCAUUUAUAAAAAAAAUAUACCCCGGUGAUUUCUCGAAAGAUUCCUCAGAAAUCUAUCCCGAGACCGGAAUAAAUCUAAGGGCCUUAAAAGCAUUGAACUCCUCUAAUGUAGAAUCGGGAAAUAAAUCUUCGAUACCGGUGGUUCCUUAUAGAGAGAAAUGGAGUGGAAAGUUAGAUUUCAUGAUGUCUUGCAUAGGAUAUGCCGCGGGUCUGGGGAGCGUGUGGAGAUUUCCAGCUAUGGCCGGAAGAAAUGGAGGAGGUGCAUUUUUGAUUCCCUACUUUCUUAUGCUUUUAUGCGUUGGAAUACCUCUUUUCUUUAUCGAAGUGACAUUAGGGCAGUUCUCAAGUUUGGGACCCAUCAAAUUAUGGAGGGUAGUCCCUUUAGCUCAGGGUAUCGGAUACGGCAUGGUUUUUAUAACUUCGUUAGUAAAUCUGUACUACAAUGUGAUCAUAACUUGGAUCGUUUAUUACUUUUUCGCAUCAAUGAGAGCAAAAGUACCUUGGGCUGAUUGUGACAGACCUUGGAAUACACCUAAUUGUUUCUCUAAUAGAGAUUUCGCAAAUAGCGUAGAAUGCAAGAUACAAAAUGGUACGUACUACUUACAUCAAUGUUUUAAGGAUAACAGAACACAAUAUGACGUAUUAGUGAAUAAAACGAGGCGUGUAUCACCUUCCGAAGAAUUUUUUUACAAUAAAAUGCUUCAGCCCACUAGUUCAAUAGAGGAAUUUGGAGGAGUAAAUUGGGACUUGCUCUUGACUCUUCUUCUAUCAUGGAUAAUCGUUUAUUUAAUCAUAAUUCGAGGAAUUAAAUCUUCUGGAAAAGUUGUUUAUUUCACCGCGACCUUCCCCUAUGUCGUAUUGCUUAUCUUGGUUAUAAAAGGAGCUACUUUAAAAGGUGCUAGAGAUGGAAUUAGAUUUUAUUUAGUGCCUAAAUGGGAACGUUUAAUGGAUCUCCAGGUAUGGACAGAUGCGGCGGGGCAAAUAUUUUUCUCCCUCUCAAGCGGUUUGGGUGGACUACACGCUCUUUCGAGUUAUAACAAAUUUGACAACAACGUGCUAAAAGACACCUGGAUUGUCACAUUGAUAAAUUCAUUCACUAGCUUAUUUGCUGGAUUCGCUAUUUUCUCAAUAAUUGGGAACAUGUCUGUUAUCAAAAAUGUUCCAAUAGAAACUAUAGCCGCCUCUGGAACUGGCUUAGCAUUUAUAGCAUAUCCUGAAGCUUUAUUGUAUUUACCAGUACCAACAAUUUGGUCUCUCAUAUUUUUCUUCAUGUUAUUUCUCUUAGGAAUCGAUAGUCAGUUCGCUGGGGUUGAAACAGUCAUGACUUCAAUAUUUGACGCUUUCAAACUCCACAAUAUUGGAAAAUGGAAAAAAUCUGGAUUAACUUUGAUUGUAUGUAUCGGAUACUUCAUAAUAUCAAUACCUUUGGUGUCCAGAUCAGGAAUAUAUUGGGUCGAAUUAUUAAACAGUUUUGCCACAAAUUGGGGUUUAAUACUGAUAGCUUUGGUGGAGGGCAUAGCAAUAUCUUACAUAUACGGUAUUAACAAUUUAAUAUAUGACAUUGAAAUGAUGAUUGGGACGAGACCAAAAUCUAGAUGGAUUUAUUGGAAGAUUGUCUGGACUAUAUUUCCGCUCAUUAUGGCCACAUUAUUCGCUUUGUCUUGGUUCAAACUCGCUCCUUUAACUCUUGGGGCUUAUGUUUACCCUAUAUGGGCUAACGUCUUUGGUUGGUUCUUAGCUGGAAUACCAGUUUUGUUCAUACCAAUACUUUUCAUCAAAAACUAUUACAAGUUGAAAGGUCGAACAUCGAGAUCAUUUUUGCAAAAUUCACGAAUAUUAAGUCAGCCAAGAGAUAAUUGGGGACCAGAGCUUGAUGUUAAUCGAACAGGAAAAUACAAAACAUUCGAAAAAUUUUAAUUAUAUUAAAAUUAUGUAAAUACUAAAUACACCAAAUCAAUCAUUUACGAACGUUUUAUGGAUGCGUAGUUUUAAAUUAUUAGUUUGACAGUUUUAUAUUAAUUGUAUGCGCUGUUUUUAAUUAAAAUAUCUCCUGUUAGAUUUAAUAUUUACUCAUAUUUAAUAAUCAAAUGAAAAGUUUUCGCACAAAGUAUGAUCUGUUAAAUUAUUAGAUAUUUUCUUAAUUUUAGUUAUAAAUUAAAAAAUUUAAGAUACUUAUGAUAUUUUAUGAUACUUUGAUACGAAUAAAUUUAUAGAAAAUAUAUGAUUAUAAUUCAAAGAGAUUUGAUAUACAAUACUAUC